GCCGCUGAUGGGGUUCUCCUCCAGCCAUCGAUAUGCAGGGAGAGAUCUGAUGGUUUGAGAUGGCUGGCACGUUGUCUCUUCCCACAAGCUCGAAGCAAAUCUCAGUACCAUACCCGUGUGUCGGUGGAUCCUGGCACCAGUCCUGUGGAGGCUUGGGACCUACCAACCUUGACGGCGGGUACGACAUCAACCUUGCAGUCUGCAUCAGGCGAGCAAGCCAGAGUGGACUUUGCCAAAGCAAGCCAGCGCAAGUGCAUGUCUACUUCAGCACAUCAACAAUCAAAGCAUGCUGCCGGUCGAGAAUGUGGAAAAACGGUAGAUGAAGCGUUAUCCGAACAAGGGUGCCAAAUACAGCAGUUGCCGGCAGAGCUGCUAGGGGAAGAGAUUCCCCUUGCAGAAGCGUGGGUGCUGUUGCCCCCGCUGCCUUCAGAAGAGCGCGGCCGGCAUACUUGCACGCAAGAUAUCGGGGAGGUGUCCGAUGCCAAGGCCGAAUGCUCGGAGGAAAUGCUUGUACUUCGAGAAAGGCCUGCAUCCUUCCGACGGGCUCCCCUCGGAAUUGCAGGUUUUGCAUCUUCUUCCUCUUCGAGGCCAACAACAGCCGGUGAAGAGUCAGCCGCCACGCAUGGCUCCCGCAUUUCUGGAAAGUCAUCUUGGCGCUCCCAGUGGACUCCUGGGCAGGCGGGAGUUGAUGAUACUGCCCAAAGCAUGGUGACUUCCGAAACAAGCCACCAGCCGCCACCUCCUCCGAAAAGUGAGCGGCAAAUGCAAAUCGGGAGUGCUGGAUCGGCUGAUGAUCCUGCAUUUCUUUUGGCACUCAAGCGUGCGAGCGAGAGUGUAAGCGCGAAAUUCGCUGAACCUCCGGCACUAGGUCAUCGCAAAUGGGGAAAAGCAUCCAGAGGAGGUAGCGAGGCCGACCUGCCUGCCUCAUGUGAUGCAGACCCCCACUGCACGAUUCGCCAGGAAGAGGCAGCCAUCCCGGAACAGGCGGCUGCCAAGCCCGGCUUCUCGGACCUUGCGCUCUCUUUUGCAAGCUUGGAUGGCGCAUUCUAA